AUGAACUCACAAAAAUUCGAAGUGAUCCAAAUCCUAGAUGAGUAUGAAGAUCAACGAAAACAAAUUAUUGGAGGUAGAUAUGCUCAGCUAGAAGAUGUCUUUAAGAGAUUUGAAGAUCUUAAGCAGCACAUUAUGGAAAAUAUUAUGAAGAUUGAUUUAGAUAACCAAGAGCGAGCACGAAACACACAGUGCUUAGCAGAUAUUGCGAAUGAGUUUUACAAAAGAAUGCAAAAAAUGAUCAAAAAAUUUUAA